CCGCCUCUGAUGCACCACGCCGUAACCUUUCCUUUCCGCGGUCCAGCGGCUCGUAGGCCGCCAUCGGCAGCAAUAAUACCCUCUUCCCGCUUCUCUCCUCCCCUUUGAUCUUCUAUUUCUGCGGCGGAUUUGAGGUACAAAUCGAAGCUCUGAUUCUCACCCCAAAUUUAUUUUGGUGACGAUGUCAACCCUAGAGAUUGAAGCACGAGAUGUGAUAAAGAUAGUCUUGCAAUUCUGCAAAGAGAAUUCAUUGCAUCAAUCCUUCCAAGUAUUACAAAAUGAGUGCCAAGUUUCAUUGAAUACUGUGGACAGCCUUGAAACAUUUGUUGCUGAUAUUAAUAGUGGAAGGUGGGAUGCUAUCUUGCCCCAAGUGUCGCAGCUUAAACUUCCAAGGGAUAAAUUGGAGGACUUGUAUGAACAGAUAGUCUUAGAGAUGAUAGAGCUUCGUGAGUUAGACACUGCACGUGCCAUAUUAAGGCAAACUCAGGCUAUGGGAGUAAUGAAACAAGAGCAGCCUGAGAGAUAUUUGAGACUCGAGCAUUUAUUGGUUCGGACCUAUUUUGAUCCCAAUGAGGCUUAUCAAGAGUCAACUAAGGAGAGGCGUCGUUCUCAGAUUGCUCAAGCUCUUGCUAGUGAAGUUAGCGUAGUGCCACCAUCUAGAUUAAUGGCUUUGAUUGGCCAGGCUCUUAAAUGGCAGCAGCAUCAAGGGAUGCUUCCCCCUGGAACACAGUUUGAUUUAUUUAGAGGGACCGCUGCCAUGAAAAAGGAUGAGGAUGAUAUAUAUCCAACAACUCUUGGCCAUCAAAUAAAGUUUGGAAAGAAAAGCCACCCAGAAUGUGCACGAUUCUCUCCUGAUGGGCAGUACCUAGUUUCAUGCUCAGUUGAUGGGUUUAUUGAGGUAUGGGAUUACAUGAGUGGGAAGCUCAAGAAAGAUCUUCAAUAUCAGGCUGAUGAUUCCUUUAUGAUGCAUGAUGAUGCUGUACUUUGUGUUGAUUUCAGUAGAGAUUCAGAGAUGCUUGCAUCUGGGUCCCAAGAUGGAAAAAUCAAGGUUUGGCGAAUACGAACUGGUCAAUGCUUGCGGCGUCUUGAGCGGGCCCAUUCACAGGGCGUUACUAGCCUCACUUUCUCUCGUGAUGGAAGCCAGCUUCUUAGUGCAUCAUUUGAUAGUACCGCAAGAAUUCAUGGCCUCAAGUCUGGCAAAAUGUUGAAAGAAUUUCGAGGUCACACUUCAUAUGUUAAUGAUGCAAUAUUCACAAAUGAUGGCAGCCGUGUCAUUACAGCUUCCAGUGAUUGCACUGUGAAGGUGUGGGAUAUGAAAACAACUGAUUGUUUACAGACUUUCAAGCCGCCCCCUCCUUUAAGGGGUGGUGAUGCAUCAGUGAACUCUGUUCAUCUGUUUCCAAAAAAUACUGAACACAUAUUAGUAUGCAACAAGACAUCAUCAAUUUACCUCAUGACUCUUCAAGGACAGGUGGUGAAGAGCUUUUCAUCUGGUAAAAGAGAAGGUGGAGACUUUGUUGCUGCCUGUGUUUCACCAAAAGGAGAAUGGAUCUACUGUGUUGGUGAAGACAUGAAUCUGUAUUGUUUCAGCCAUCAAUCUGGUAAACUAGAACACUUGAUGAAGGUUCACGAAAGGGAAGUGAUUGGUGUAGCUCAUCAUCCUCACAUGAAUCUUGUUAUUACCUAUGGGGAAGAUUGUGCUCUGAAAGUUUGGAAACCAUAGAUCAUAGACUGGGCAAAUGCUUCUAUCAACAUUCUCUUCUGCAACUGAAUCAAAAGUUUUGCUAGUGUCUGGAGCAACACUUCAAAUUGGAUCAUCAUUUUGUUUAGAUUGUAUUUUUUUUUUUUAGUUUUCAUUGUAUUUUGCUAAUGUUCUGUGUUAAUAUGAUUUAUCUGAGGUCAGUGAAUCAAGGUUGAGGUUGAAUGUUAGUAAAAUACAUCGGAUACACAUUUUUCUUGUAAGAUGUUUGUUUAAUUGCAGAAAUAGAGUUUUAUUGCAUUU